GUUAAUCAGGAUUAAAAUUUAACCGGCUUUUGUGCAACUGGGCCUUUGUGAGGGAAAUUUUUGCAUUCCUCUGGGAAUUAACCUCAAUUUACUGUGAUUAGAUAGAACAUUUCUGUAUGAAGGUUAUUAUAAUGUCUUCUUUCAUAAUAAAGUUUUUAUGCUUAUGUGAGUUUUUAAUGACUCAUAUUGAAUUUGUAUUAGCAUUUCUCACCUGCGCACAGGGUUUUCCUUGCAGGUGAUUGGUUUCUUAUAGUUUUGCUAAAAGUUUUUAUUUAUAUUUAAUAAUAAUAUCUAUUUAUUAUGAGAAAAACAGUUUUUUAGAGUAAAUUAUGAUUUAAUUGUGAAUCAACUAGAACAGGUAACAUCAGAUACUUGUGAAUGAGAAAACUGCUUGAGGUCUACUACGGCAAUCCUUGAAUUGAGAAUUCAAUAAAAAGCCUGAGCACAUACAUCGAUUUUUGUUUGUACUAUAUUUAGCUGUCUUUAUGAAUUCUAUCUGAUUAAAUGGAACUUGACAAAUAACAUCUGUUUAAUCAUAUAGAAUUUAUAAGGGCGGCAAAAUAUCAAACAAAAAUCGAUGUGUGUGUGUGCAGGGCUCAACAGUGAUCUCAUUGAAUGUGAAAUAAUGUCCAUAUGCCAAUAAUAAAAUCUUGUCCAUAUGCCUGGGUGGUUGCGAUAUUUUAUUCAUAUAAUGUAGUACAAACAAGGAAGCAACUGUGAUUUGUUAUUAUAUUAGUACAGAUAUGUAAACGAUAUAAUAAUGUUUUUAUGAAGAUCAUGUUAAACAUUGAAACUAGUAGUUGUAGUUUGUGUUUUUAAUCUAUUAUUUUAUGUUGAAAAUUUUUCAAAGAAAGGGUAACUUUACUAUAAUGUCAUUUUAUAAAAUAAGCUUCUAUUUGGUUAUGAAUAAACAAGAUAUACUUACUAAUGUAAUUAUUGAUAAAAUGAGUUUCAUUUCUAAAUGAAUAUAAAUUAAGUUUAUUGAUGUUGUUUUUGUUUCUUUUAAACGUUUAUUUUGGAAAUGUUUUAAACUUCGUUGUGAACCUAGUAGGCAGUUUGAUAGAAAUUUUUAUAAAAGUCUCUUAUGGUGUUGAAAAAAGGCGUGUGAAUGACCAUUGCCAAUAUAGGCCUAGGUACCAUAACACCAAAUCCAUGUUAUGUUAGUUUAAUUCACUUCAGGUAGAAUUUUUAAUAUUAUGCUGAUAUUUUGUAGAUAGAAACAUGAUUCUAAUGACUAUAUAUCGUCUAUAACGUUAACCAUUAUAAAAAUUGAAAAGAUUGAAUCAUUGUUCUACAUUUUGUUGUUUAUAAAGAUAUUUUCAGAAAUGUCAACACAGUAUAGAUAUUGUAUUUUAAAUAAAUAUUAAUGUACCCACCUCACUAAGUAUCGAUCGAAAAUGUGCAAUGAGACAAGAAUAGAGCGUAUUCAACAAUCAAAACUCAAGCAUUAUUUGCAUGUGAAAUAUAUAAUACAUUUUUAAUGUGAAAUACUGAAACAAUCUUAUUCGAAGUGAAGUUUAUAAUUGGCGGUUAGUGUGUGCAGUGCAUGUCAUGGUUGGAAGCCUUCUAAAUAACUAAGGUAUUUGACACCAGGUCUGGUUUUUAUUCUUGAAAUUCAUAACGAAACAAGAGUUAAUUUCAUGUAUUUAAGUGAGUAAAUCAUUGUUUUAUUGUUAUUAGUUUUAGUAUGAAUGAUAGCAUCAUUGCAUUUACUCGAUAUCAGGUAGGAUAUUAUGUAGUUGCGAUAAAAAUACGUAAAAGUUAGACAUUCCAACUUUAAAUAUCAUGAAAAUAUUAUUAAAUAGAUCUUAUCAGGAGAAAUAGGAUUAAAAUCGGAUAAUUCAUUUUCAUAACCUGAAAAGUAUAUGCAAAUAGCUAAGUCGUUGGGUUGGUCAAGCUGGUAGUCAAUGGUCGGUUGGUCUAUUUGAUUUAUCAAAAAAUAACAAAGGAAAACUGUAAAUAUAUGUUGAAUCAUUCCAGUAAAUUAAACUUAGAAAACAAAUAUUUAAAUUUUAUUGUUACUUUCUGGUAUAGUAUUUUGUCCUAUAUUUAAAAAAAUGGAUAAAGAGGUUAAAGUUGAGAAACAGGAAAGUGCUUUUGAUGACAGUUGGAUUGGAGCUGCACGUAGUGAUACAGCUACUCAGCAGAUCAAGAUCGAGAUGCAGGAGGAUGAAUUUGGAGAAUGUGAAUUAGCAACUAGCAGCAUCAAAGAUGAGUCAUCCUCGCACAUUGGUUCAACUUCCAAUCAGAUGGCGAGAGUUAAGCAGGAGAAUGAUAGCAGCCAAGAACCAGCGCCAGAGUGCAGCACUGCAUGCUCUCCAACUGAUCAUGAUUUCAGCCAACAACAUUAUCUAAUCCCUGGCUAUAAUCUAAUAUUCAUCAAAGAGGAAGAAUAUGAUGAGCAAGAGGCAGAAGGAUGUUCAGUGGAGAGUGAAACGGAGAUGUGGCCUUCAAACUGCAGCACAUCUGAAACUGCCAAUGCAACAGAAGUGGGUGGACUGAAUGCACAUUCAAUCUCUCCCAUGGAAGAGUGCACUGAGCCAUCUGUGGCUGGCAAAAAGAUCAAGCUCUACAGCUGUGCUGACUGCAGCUAUAAAACUCCAUCGAUCACUCAUUGGAAGAGACACAUGACGAAACACACUGGGGAAAAGACUUUCAGUUGUGAGUUAUGUGACUAUAAAUGUACUCGAUCAAGUAAUUUGAAGAUACAUAUCAGAACACAUACAGGAGAAAGGCCUUUCAGUUGUGAGUUAUGUGACUAUAAAUGUGCUCGAUCAAGUACUUUGAAGGAACAUAUCAGAACACAUACAGGAGAAAGACCUUUCAGCUGCGAGUACUGCGACUAUAAAUGUACUCGAUCAUGUAAUUUGAAGAUACAUAUCAGAACACAUACAGGAGAAACACCUUUCAGCUGCGAGUAUUGUGACUAUAAAUGUGCUCAAUCAAGUGAUUUGAAAAAACAUGUCAGAACACAUACAGGAGAAAGACCUUUCAGCUGCAAGUAUUGUGACUAUAAAUGUGUUCAAUCAAGUGAUUUGAAAAAACAUGUCAGAACACAUACAGGAGAAAGACCUUUCAGCUGCAAGUAUUGUGACUAUAAAUGUACUCGAUCAAGUGAUUUGAAGAUACAUAUCAGAACACAUACAGGAGAAAGGCCUUUCAGUUGUGAGUUAUGUGACUAUAAAUGUGCUCGAUCAAGUACUUUGAAGGAACAUAUAAGAACACAUCAUAAAGGAGAAACAACUACUAGCUGAAAAUUUGUGACUUUACGUGUGCUCAUUCAAAUUCAUUUUACUGUGUUUCCACACCUCCCCACUCCUCUUCUUAGAUUGCCAGGGUCGCCCUGGGCUGAUGUCUGUGGAGGGGCGGAGUGGGAGUUGCUGCUCAGUGUGGUGUGUGCCGGCGGGUGGUUGGGGACGGCUGGGCUCCUCGCAGUGUUGGGUGUCCUCCACAUACACCACGGUUGUCAUCUCACAACACUGAAAUUCUCUCCUUUCUAAGAGGUGAUAGGCCAUGCUUUGGCACUACCUGGAGGGAGGGGAGUCGCUAGGAGUGGUGGGAGAGUAGUGGCAGUCAUCACCGUCGUUGUAGUGCAUGGCAACAGGUCAAAACUUGUCAGAAAUGGUCUCCUAGUGUCUUCCAGACAAGCCUUUGUCACUGACUCCGGUCUGCCUCCAGAUCAAGUGGUGUUCGGUUCGUCCUCCAAGUGACCCCUACCGGUCACCAAAGGUCACCUGACCUGUUUUUUUUAGAUAUAUGAAAACUUAAACUCAAAUAGUGCAGCAAAGAAAAAAUAAGCAAUAUAAAUUUGGAGAUGCAGAAACCUAACCUCAACAAAUUUUGCUGGAAGCUUUUUGCUGUAAUGACACAACAAUCUAUGACAAUAUGUGUAUCAUGCAUGUCUCACCGUUAGUGGCCAGCCUCGCACUUUCCAAAAGCUUUCGCACUUCUGAAAUCAACCUCGCACUUUCCAUUAGCUGCUCAUAUUUAUUGAAACUACUUUAGGUAAACCUUGUCUUUAUCCAACUAAAUAUUUAUUCAAAAAGGUUAAAGUGUUAACAAUCCGUCAAUUAUAUAUUAAAAACCUCAUAAUUUUCUUUAGAAAUAAUAAAGAUAUUUUUCUAUUCCGUGAAUCAAACCUCAAUUCACGACCUUCCAGAAAUAGGUUUGAAAAUAUAAGAAUGGAUCUUAAUGUUUGUCGGAGACAAUACUUUUACCCAGCUAAUAAAUUAAUCAAUAAAAUUCCAGAUUACCUUACAGAGCAUAUUAAUCGAAAUUCUGUCACAUUGCUUAAAAAAGAACUAUUGAAUGGAUAAUCACCAGUAAAAUCAGGACAUACUUUUUGAGUGACUCUUACCUUUGUUCCAAUAAUAUGUUUGCCAUCUCUCAUUCUUUCUCUUCUCCUCCUUUCUCUCUUUCUUUCGCCCUUAUUCCACUUACUCAUCAUCUUCUUUUAUUAAAUAUUAUAAUUAUCAUAUAAUUUCUUAUCCUAUACUAUUAAACGAGCAACUUCUGUUUAUAUGUUUGUAUUUCACCGGAUCUCGAAAUCGGCUCUAACGAUUCUCUCGAAAUUCAGAACAUAGUAGGUUUAUAAUAUAAAGAUUCGAUUGCACUAGUUCUCAUCCCUGGGAAAACUCGCUGAAGGACAUUAAAAGGAUAAGUAUUAUUCAUACUUGUAAAAACAGCUGAUAAUAAUUAUUUCGUCGUCUGUUGGUGAUGGAAGUAAGUGAGCGAGUUUGUGUGUGGGAAUGUGUCAAAAUUAUGACUCAGCUGUUGAACUUUUGUAAUCAUUCAAUCAGGUACUUAGUGCCGGUUGUAAAAAGCCGGGUUAUUUUCAAUCCUUAUUAAUUCCAGUAGAUUCAUCUUUUUGAAAUUGUCUUCUCUGAUUUGGUUCACGUGAAGUUAAUCAGGAUUAAAAUUUUACCGGCUUUUGUGCAACUGGGCCUUUGUGAGGAAAAUUUUUGCAUUCCUCUGGGAAUUAACCUCAAUUUACUGUGAUCAGAUAGAACAUUUCUGUAAGAAGGUUAAUAUAUUUUCUUCUUUCGUAAUAAAGUUUUUAUGCUUUUGUACUCCAGAGCGAAGCAUGGUCCCGGAUAUUUUCAUUUUAUGUGAGUUCUUAAUGACUCAUAUUGAAUUAGUAUUAGCAACUCUCACCUGCGCACAGGAUUUUCCUUUUUUAAGUUUUUAUUUAUAUUUAUUAUGAGAAAACAAAUAACAGUUUUUAAGAGUAAAUCAUGAUUCAAUUGUGAAUUGUGAUUCAACUGAAUCAACUAGAAAAGGUAACAUCAGAUACUUGUGGAUGAGAAAACUGCAUGAGGUCUACUACGGCCAUCUGUGAAUUGAGAAUUCAAUGAAAAGCCCUGCAAACAGACAUCGAUUUUUGUUUGUACUAUAUUUUGCCAUCUUUAUGAAUUCUAUCUGAUUAAAUGGAACUUGACAAUUAUCAUCUGUUUAAUCAUAUAGAAUUUAUAAGGACGACAAAAUAUCAAACAAAAUUCGAUGUGUGUGUGUGCAGGGCUCAACAGUGAUCUCAUUGAAUGUGAAAUAAUGUCCAUAUGCCAAUAAUAAAAUCUUGUCCAUAUGCCUGGGUGGUUGCGAUAUUUUAUUCAUAUAUCAUGUAGUACAAACAAGGAAGCAACUGUGAUUUGUUAUUAUAUUAGUACAGAUAUGUAAACGAUAUAAUAAUGUUUUUAUGAAGAUUAUGUUAAACAUUGAAACUAGUAGUUGUAGUUUGUGUUUUUAAUCUAUUAUUUUAUGUUAAACAUUUUUCAAAGAAAGGGUAACUUUACUAUAAUGUCAUUUUAUAAAAUAAGCCUCUAUUUGGUUUUGAAUAAACAAGAUAUACUUACUAAUGUAAUUAUUGAUAAAGUGAGUUUCAUUUGUAAAUGUAUAUAAAUUAAGUUUAUUGAUGUUGUUAUAGAGAGCAUUUGCAAUAAAUUCUAGUUAUUCAAUAACUG